ACCACACCCUAUCACCCUCAAGGGAACCCUGUAGUGCAAUUCAAUUGCACCCUCUUGAGUAUGCUUGGAACCCUGGAGGAGAAAGACAAACAUCACUGGAGAGACUACGUGAAGCCACUUGUUCAUUCGUAUAAUUGUACAAGGAACGACACUACUGGCUACUCACCCUAUGAAUUGAUGUUUGGAAGACAGCCUGCAUUGCCAGUCGACUUCGUCCUGGGAACCAGCCCUGCUGCAGGAUCUCACAGUACUCAUUCCGAGUAUGUUCACAAACUGCGCCAGCAUCUUCAGGAAAGCUAUACACUAGCUGCUGACAGAGCUCGCAAGAGAGGAGAACAAAACAAAACCAGAUUUGAUGCAAUAAUCAGGGCAGCUGAACUAGUCACAGGAGACAGAGUGUUGGUGAGAAACGUUAACAUUCGGGGAAAGCAUAAAUUGGUAGACAGAUGGGAGCGAACAAUUCAUGUUGUGGUGAAAAGUAUCAACGGGGGACCCGUCUACAUAGUCAAGCCUGAGAGAGGCAACGGUCCACACUGCACUCUACAUAGAGAUCUUCUUCUUCCCUGUGGUUUUCUGCCCAUUGACGCGGCUCCACAAGAGGAAACCGAGACAAAAGAGUCUAGGAGGAAAAAUCUGAGAAGCAGGAAAUCUUCAGACCAGGAGAUGGAUCAGAGUGAUCAGGAAGAUGACAUGGGUGAUGAGGAGGAAGGUUACUGUUCAGAGAUGGUCAUUGAGGUAACAACGAGACCCCCCAUCGUGAAACUUGCAGGAGAUGAACCAAUUAGACAGCCUCUAGCUGCUCUCGACCCUCAGGCUGUGGAAUUCACUCGUCGAGUCCCCAGAAUCCUGCCUGAGGAGGUGCAAUCUAAUCUUCCAGUUAACGCGCCUGAGUCAGUCAUUGAGAUAGAGAAAAGCGCAGACGACUAUCCUGCGACAUCCCCUAAUCAUGUCAUCAUAGACAUUCCUGAACCUGACCUGCCGACCCCCCCUUCACAAUCCGAGGAGCAGACACAAGAGUCAACAGAGCAGGCACAGGACAAAAAUAUCUCACCUAAAUCAGUGCAGAGUCAUGAUGUUCAGUCAACGAAUGCAGAUUUGUCUGAAAAGGAACCUGAUGAACCCCGACGUUCUACCAGAGAGAGACGUCCAGCCCAGAAGUUUACCUAUGAUGAGCUAGGAAAGCCACUGAUUCUUGCUCUUAGUUCAUUAAUUGAGAGUUUACAGGCUAUUCUUCCCCAGUUUCAGAUCAGUCCUGUUAGUAUUCACUCUAGGUACUUACACGCAUGCAGGGACUCAUGCGGUCUAGAGGGGGAGAGUGUUACAAGGUAGUCUGAGCAGUCAUCAUGAAAACAAAGUCACCAAACAGGUAUGACAAUAUUAUAACAACUAUGUCUUUUGGUCCACUGGUGCUUCCUAGUGGUGUAAUUGAGAGAGGGAAGUGAGAAUGAAUUUGACGCGUUUUCCCAGAAUGCACUUAGCGAGUCCUUCCUUUUUCCUUAUUCUGGAGAGAGACAGACACGAGCACAAUAGUAGCGCCAGCGGGUAGCUCUUGUGCAGAAAGUUGGGACAGUCUAACCCUUUGAUUAAAGUAGAAAACUAGCAAUGAUAAAUAAGGAGAGAUUCUUGAAAGCUUAAAGAAGUUAUGCAACAGCCACGGAGCUGCCGACCCUGUCCAAACGGCGUUUAUAUCGAACAUUCCGGUGAGUUAGCCACUAGCUAACAGUGAAUUAGUACUCUGGUUGUUGCGAACUUUGAGAAUUGUUACUUGAUUAUGUUUUUUUUUUUUUAAACAGUCAGGAUGAGCUAAUAACCUGAUGAAGUUACCAACGGUAUGUUUUAACUUGAAUUUGUUGAAUACUGUGCACUUAGGGGAAAAAAACGUUAGGUUAGUGGUUGGUUAAUUCAGCUACAGGCAGAGACGUUUUAUAUAUUUUCUGUUCUUUUGUUGCGACUGUUAUAUUCUCGGUAAGCUAGUCCAUUAAGAUAGAUGGAUAAGAUUAGGUUCUACGCUAAAAUGUGUAAGGGAAAUGUUGUUAAAAUGUGUAGUUAUUGAGGUAUGUGUGGUAUCUAAGGAUAUUAUGUAUUGGUUCCUGAGAAGAAACACAAGUUAACUGUUGAUAUGGCCAACUGAGUGAUUACUCUGCAUGUUUUGUGCAGGCUGGUUUUUUGUUGGGGCUAUACUACAGAACGAACUGUGCUGCUUGAGUCGCCGCCAUCUUCAGUCCUCAUCUUCAGUCCUCAUCUCCGCUACUCAUCAGAUUCAACCCGCUUCAUCUUCUCCAUUCUCUUGGGAGCCAGGAUGGACAGUUUUCCUUGCUAAGGGUGGCGAUCCAGGUGUGCUUAAGGAUGUGGAGGAUGGAAGAAAAGCCUGGCAAAUACUCCUCUCAGUAUGUGGGGAAAAACCAUGGUCUACCUCAACGGAACCUUCGAGGAGUGUCGAUUCCGGGAGUGCAACCUGGGAAACUUUUUCACAU